AUGGCGUCGGCCGCUACGCUGGCGCCUGAAUCGCGCCCUGCCCUCGAGAUGGAGGAAGAUGACGAACAGGUGGAAGAAUACGAGUUCUCGAGUGACGAGGAGAGCGAGGAGGAAGACAACGUUCAUGACACCGAUCACUACAAGUUUUCCGACGGUGUCAUCCCCAUUGAUAGCGACGACGAAGAAGAAGAGGAUGUUGCUUCCAUCACUCUGCGGCACAAAGCCCGCCCGUGGCGUGACCCUGGCUUCACCGAUGCGGUCCGGGAGAAAUGGGAGAGAUCUUACUUGAUGUUGCCGAACUACCCAAUGGGUGGCGAUUGGCAAAGGACGGAGAUCUAUCAAAGGCAGAAGGACCUUGAGAUGGCAAAGUACCUGAAGGACUAUCCUCCGGAGCGGUGGACCUUACCGCGUCCCGAAGCCAACGCAGCAGUCGCCAACCUUGAAGAGCGCCGGAAAUGGCGUCAGCUCGGGAUGCGCAUCUUCGGAGCCCAAGCAGACCACCAGCUCUACCAGGGAGCGCCUAUGUACCACCCGGGCUUCGCGCCGCACCCACAACACCCAAUGCAUCCACAGAUGUAUCCCCAAAUGCCAUACGGCCCACUCCCACCACAGCAUCAGCACAUUCUCCCUACACAAGCCAACUUCGCGGUGCGUCCACCAGGCCAGAUUGGAUAUCCACAUCAGCAACCGAACAUGUACCACCCUCAGAUGAACAUGCAACCGCAGAUGUUGGGACCACAGUACGCCAACGGCGGUAGUAAAAGCAGAGGCAACAGCAAUCAGCGGCAGAGGCAAACUUCCACGGUGCCACCAACUCAGAGCAACAUCCGCAUACCUCCGUACAAGGCUCGCGACAGACCUUCGGACCAAAAGCCCACCAGCAAGCCGGGCAAGCGUCAAGGUCGCCGGCCUGCGCAAGCUCAAGAGUUUCCGUGGAACCGCCAGCUUGACUUCCAGGCCGAGCGGAUCAAGGCAACGUGGGACGUGUCACAGUACGAUCAGUCGAUCAGGUAUGAGAUAGACAGGGUGCAUGAACGCAACAAGCUGAAGGUCGACAACCACGACAAAAAGGACAAAGAUCCUCCAGGAACACCCGACGCAGGUGGCAUGGAACAGUCCAGACAGCAGAGCAACACACCUGGAAGCGGCUCAGAUCCCGACAGGCCUCCAUCCAGGACGGGACCCAAGCCAGGCAACAAAGGUGCCAAUUUCACUCGUCAAGACUGCUACGGCUUCAAAGGACUGGAUGAUCGCCAGAGGGCGAUGGCGCUGCUCCAGACCGCAAACCCAAUCCCCGAGGAUGUCAUGGACGCUUACGAGAAAGGACAGGUAUCCCUGGAACAGACCGCCGACAUCAUGAUCUGCUGGAACCCGAACAAGACCGGCUUCUCGCAGGAGCUGGAGAAAGCCUACUUCCGCAUCAAGGAUCACCUCGCCACCGUGGACCAACUCGAGCGGACACCGAUCCUCACAGAUACCGCAGUAGAAUUCAUCAUCGACUUUUGCCCCGAUAUGCUCUGGCGCGAGCUUCUCCUUCGAAUCGUGACGGAGACUUCGUACGGCAACAUGGGUAUCCGCAACCGUAUUUGCUGGAACGGCGACCACUUCGACAAGGCUACCAUCACCAAGCGCAUCGGCUCUGCCCUAGGCAUCAAGCAGCAGCAAGCCGCUACCCGCCAGCCUAGGAGGCCAGCGGCUCGUUCUUCGAGCCCAGCACAGGAGAAGGUCAAGGGGUACGCGGAGGGUGAAGAUGACUGGUACAAUAACAAUGUCCUUGACUACAAUGCUUACAUGGCGUUCUUCAAGUUGCGCGUCACCGCCCGGGGUACGAUUGACCUGAAGCGUCCGGCGGCUUCCGGAAGAGGUGCUGGAGAAGACGAGGAGAUGGGCGAAGGGGAAGGUGGACCGAAGAAGAAGCGUGCAAGGACAGGAGAGAGUAUGACGAGCCCAGAGACGAUCUCGAGCAAUCAGAAUACGCCUGGGGCUGAGGCAGGAGAGGAGGACGAGGGUGAAGGUGAAGAGGAGGAGAACGAUAAAGAUGCGGUCAGCAUGCAGAGCGAUACCCUUCUCGAUGAGAUUGAGGAUUGA